AUGUUCUUCUUGCUAGGCACCAGCGACUCCAGGACGAUCGCUGGAAACGCCGACGACCAGUGGCCCGGAAAUGGAACUCGAGAUAAUCCAUACAUCAUAUCCUGGUCUGCAAAUGAUGCUUUGAAUGCCCGCAAUUUCGGAACACGGAGAAAAAUCAUCAUCAUAGCCCUUUCAGGAUUGUCAACUCUCUCCGUCGCCUUUGCAUCCAGUGCUUAUGCAGGAGACUUGUCCUCUGUUUGUCAGUAUUUCGGUGUCUCUGAUGAGGUUGCGACACUGGGCUUGUCGCUGUAUGUCUUGGGCUUCGCGAUAGGGCCUUUGCUGUGGGCCCCCUUGAGUGAGGCUUUUGGUAGGAGAACCAUCUUCCUGGUUACCUUCAGCCUUUUCACCAUGUUCAACGUUGCGGCCGCUGUUUCGACCAACUUUGCGUCGUUGGUCAUAUUCCGAGCUUUGGCUGGCAUGUUCGGCAGUGCACCUCUCACCAACUCUGGAGGUGUUGUUGCCGAUCUCUACAGCGCAGAAACAAGAGGACUGGCUGCCGUUUUCUACUCUUGCGCGACAUUUCUCGGGCCUGUCCUUGGUCCCAUUGCGGGCGGAUUCCUCGGCGAGACCCAAGGAUGGAGAUGGAUCGAAGGCCUGCUGGCGAUUUACUCGGGAGUUAUGUUGAUACUCGCGAUUCUCUGCAUUCCCGAAACCUUCGGUAUCGUUAUUCUCCGGCGGCGAGGCGCCAUUCUUUCGAUGCAGACAGGGAGGCUCCAUGUGACGAGCGUCGAUCAUCGCAACCCACCCGGAUCCCUGGCGCAGAGGUUUCUAGUAUCUACGACCCGACCUUUGCGCCUGCUAUCCGAAGAGCCCAUCGUGGUCGUUCUCGCGCUUUACAUGUCUUUCAUCUACGGCACCACCUAUCUGCUUUUAGCAGCAUUACCAAUCGUGUUCCAGCGUGUGCGUGGAUGGAGCCCGGGCAUCGGUAGUCUCGCCUUCCUAUCUAUUGCAAUUGGCAUGUUUUUCGCAACAGCCUUCAUGGUUUUUAUCAAUCGUCAAUACACAAGGAGGUUCAAAACCAGCGAAACUGGCCACCUGCCUCCCGAAGCACGCCUGCCUUCAGGCAAGGUUGGGGCCGUUCUGAUACCUAUCGGUCUCUUUCUUUUCGCAUGGACCAAUGAUCCCUCAAUACACUGGGCCGUUAGUAUGGUGGGGACCGCCUUGUUUGGGUUUGGUAAUAUCUGUGUCGCAUUAGCACUGGUCAAUUAUCUGGUUGAUAGCUACGUGACCUAUGCUGCCUCGGCGCUUGCCGCUGCGACGGUAAUGCGAUCACUGUGCGGGGCGGCAUUCCCUCUCUUCACAACGUAUAUGUAUGAAGGAUUGGGAAUUCACUGGGCCAGCAGUGCGCCGGCCUUUCUGUCUCUGGCCUGUCUUCCGGCUCCGUUCCUGCUGUCGAAAUACGGCCCUCGGAUACGCCACCGUUCUAGAUUUGCCAUUGCAAUGAGCGAUAAGGAGCAUCAUUAG